UUUAGUUUUUAAAUUUAAUACAACAUUUUUGGCUCAGUUUAUUCCAACCCUUUUCGACCUCAAAAUUUUCGGUUUACCUUUUGGCUUCAAAUUUUUGCCUUUACAAUAUCACUUCCAUUUCCACAGUCUACAAGAAGUGCAAGAUUUGUAGCCAUUCAAAUUAAAGUUCUGGCUCUUCUAAAUUACCGGAUAUAUUUUUAGUUUUAAGUCUUUCAAUUACGACAAUAAAAUUGACUUGUAGGUAUGUCAGGAAUGGCCUUUGGCCUAUCAAUUUAAUUGGUUGGUUUAAAAGCUAAUGGACGACUUGAGCAAUGAUGAUGGAAUCAAUGUGGGAGAAGACUCCGAUGACGAUUUAAAUAAUGAAACCAUCUUUCGUUCUCGUAGCGACGAAGUUUUUAAAUCAUUAAAUGAAUUGAGAGAGAAAAAUCAAUUAUGUGAUGCUGUUAUAAUAGUAUCAGAUGAGAAAUACAAUGUACAUCGACCUAUCAUGAGUGCAUGUAGUACGUACUUCAGGGCUCAAUUUACUGGUUUCAAUAGUGGCAUAUCGGAAUAUGACAAGGAAGUGAGCCGAAGAGUAUGCAUUCCUGGAAUGAGUGCAGCUAUUAUGGAGCAAUUAAUUAACUACGCCUAUCUUAGACGAUGCCAAAUAACAGAAGAUAAUGUCCAUGAAUUAUUGGUAUCUGCUGAUUAUUUGGGAAUGAUGGGCCUUGUGAAGCUUUGCGAAAGAAAAAUGACAAAAAUGCUGUCACCAAUAAAUUGCGUCGAUAUUAUGAGUUUUGCUAGGUUUCGUUUUCUUGACGCUUUAUAUGACAAAGCACGUAUGUAUAUGUUACGUUACUUUCCAGAAGUUGCGUUAAAAAAUGAGGACAUAAUGGAAAUCGGAUUAAAGGAUUUCUAUGAGAUCAUAAGCGAUGAUGAAUUGAACACACGGGAGGAAGAUAGUGUAUGGAAAUUAUGCAUUAAAUGGAUUGACUAUGAUCCCGUCAAUAGAAAAAAACAUGUGGCAGACUUAAUGCAGGGUGUGCGUUUGGGUUUAAUGACACCGAAG